UUAAAAGUAAUUUCAUCAUAAAAACAAAUCUGUGCGCCUUUAUUAUUUCUUGACGGGGGAAAAAAAUAACCGGAAGUCUUUGUAGUUUGUGCUGGCAUCAAAGCUAAGCGGUUGAAUCAACCGAACGCUUCUUUUAUUAAGUUAAACAAUGCCAAAAAUAUACGCAUUUAACUGGAGACGUCAUUAUUAUGCUACCAGGAGUGGAAAAGGAGAAGAUUUUUUUUGACACUUUCACUAAAACCUUUUUUCGAGGGACUACUUUUUUGUUACCUGGGGGAAGACAUUAAACGCUCAGUGAUGGGCUCCCAGAGCCCCGAGCAGUUUGACCCAUCUGUGAUGAUGAUGACCGAAGAGGAGCACCUGCAGCAGCAGGACAUCGGUUGCCUGAUCAACUCUGAUGGAGAAGAAGUGGAUUUGUCUGACAUCCGAGAGACCACCGAAACUCCCUCCACCGCAUUGGGUCAAAGAGAAAAUGAAAAGCCUGCCUCGUUCCACACCUGUUCCGUCUGCGGCAAAGACUUCCCUUACGCCUCCAAACUCCAGCGCCAUCUGCGCACGCACUCGGGAGAGCGUCCUUUCCCAUGUUCCAUGUGCGAGAAGAGAUUCCCCGAAAAGGGGCUGCUGAUGAUCCACGAGAGAGUUCACACGGGGGAAAAGCCCUUCCCUUGCACUUUCUGCGAGAAACGCUUCGCCAGUCAAGGCGAGCUCCGACUUCAUCGCAGGACGCACACGGGCGAGCGGCCGUACCGCUGCACUAUCUGCCUGAAGAGCUUCUCUCGCCACUGGCACCUCAAGACGCACCUGGACGCCAUGCAUUCUGAGGUAGUGGCCGGUUUUACGAGAAAGAAGUUCCCGUGCUCGGACUGCGAGAAGAGCUGCAACUCCGCCGCCGAGCUGCGGGAUCACCAGAGGACUCACACGGGCGAGCGGCCCUAUCAGUGCUCCUUCUGCGAUAAGAGGUUCGCUUUGUCGGGCACAUUGGUGCGGCACGAGCGCCUACACACUGGGAUUACACCUUACCACUGCGCCGACUGCGGCAAGACAUUUGCGCAGCAGUGGACGCUCACCACACACAUGCGGACGCACACCGGCGAGAAGCCGUACAGCUGCACGCAGUGCGACAAGUCGUUCGUGGCACCCGGGGAGCUCCGCAGGCAUACCCGCAUCCACACGGGGGAGAAGCCGUACUCGUGCGCCGACUGCGGGAGGCAAUUCUCCUUGGCGGGGACUUUGAGGAACCACAGGAAGUCGUGCACGCAGAGCAAGAACGGAGCCAACGCAGGCGAAAGCGGAGCUGGGGCGUCACCGGAGAGAGAACAGGAGGGCGAUAAUAUCAGCACUGAGAUAUCUGACAUUCCAGCUGCACCAAGCAUUAAAGCCUCAUCCACUUCCUCCUCUUCUCCUUCCUCUCCCUUGGAGGACGGCAACUGUGCACAAGCAGCUGAGUCCGACAAUAACCCAAACGAGCACGAGGAUGAAGUUUCUAGUCCGCACGUGAGCGUCGUCAUCAAAGAGGAAGAAGAGGAAAAACCUUUGUGCGAAGAUGCGUUAGCUGCAGAAUGUCCUGCUGAGGACAAAAGUGGACCUCCAGUGAAGGAAGAAGAGAAAGACAAUGAUGUUAUCAGAGCAUGUCCAGGAGAUGGCGGCGUCACAUCAGAAUGUGACAAAAUGAGCCCGCUGACAUCCCCGGCGAAGGAUCAACGUAACAACAGCAAGACUGCGAGCUCGUACUGUUGCGGCUUGUGCGGGAGAGACUGCCACAAGAUGUCGGCCCUGCAAAUCCACAUGCGGAUCCACUCGGGAGAGAAACCCUACCAAUGCACCCUGUGCGGGAAGCAGUUCACCCAGAAAGGGCAGCUCAAAGGCCACCAGAAGGUCCACACGGGGGAGAAACCCUUCGCGUGCCCGGAGUGCGGCAAGUGCUUCGCCCACUCGGGCGCCAUGAACCGACACCGACUGACGCACACGGGGGAGAAGCCCUAUCACUGCUCUCUGUGCGAGCGCAGCUUCAACCAGUCGGGACGCUUGCGGGAGCACGAGAAAACCCAUUUUGGGGACAAACUCAACUGCCCCGAGUGUGACAAAACCUUCACGCGCUCCUCCAGCCUCAAGAACCACUUAAGGCUGCACACGGGCGAGAGGCCGUACAGCUGCGACGUGUGCGGCCGCGGCUUCAGCCGCUCGCAGAGCCUCAGGUUGCACAAGCGCAAGCACGAGCUACUGCGGGGGGAAGAGGAGUCCGGCUUCAGUGUGGGGGACGAAGACUUAUCGGACAAUAAUUCCCGCGCGGAUAUGUGUAUAACUGUCAAAAAUGAAGAGGAUCUAUUUAUAUAACUUAGACACUUUAGGAGUAAGUUUAAACUGUAGUUAGUAAAAGGUGAAAAUGCAUGACAUGGAGAGACCAUGUAAAAACAAGUUUGGACUCAUUCAGUUCUAUUGAUGUCAAUACACGUCCAGUCUGGUUUAACUGGGAGGGUUGACAAUGAAUUAUCAUGUUUCGGUGUAAUUACCGAAGAUGAAUUUCCAGUCCAUUUGAGCUGGGCUGGCAGCAAAUUAUUUACCCAUUGGCUGCAAUUGACAUUGAUAAAUGAAAUAGUUGCUUUAAAAAUCAGCUGUUUUUACUCUAAAUGUCAGGUCAACUACAGUGGUAUGAAAAAGUAUCUGAACCUUUUGGAAUUUCUGAUUAAAAUCACAGUCAAAUGUGAUCUGAUCUUUGUCAAAAUCACACAGAUGAAAAAACAGUGUCUGCUUUAACUAGAACCGCCCAGACAUUUAUAGGUUUUCAUAUUUUAAUCAGGAUAGUAUGCAAACAAUAACAAGGGGGAAAAAUAUUUAAGUGAACCAUCACAUUUAAUAUUUUGUUGCUCCCCCUUUGGCAGCAAGAACUUCAACAAGAUGCCUCCUGUAGCUGCAGAUCAGUCUGGCACAUCGAUCAGGACUAAUCUUGGCCCAUUCUUCUCUACAAAACUGCUGUAGUUCAGUCAGAUUCUUGGGAUUUCCGGCAUAUAACGCUGUCUUUAGGUCAUGCCACAGCAUCUCAGUGGGGUUCAAGUCUGGAGUUUGACUUGGCCACUCCAGAACAUGUAUUUUGUUCUUCCAAAAGCAUUUUGAAGUUCUGUGUUUUACAUCAUUGUCUUGUUGCAGCAUUCAUCCUCUUUUUAGAUUCAAAUGUCUAAGAGACUGCCUCAGGUUUUCCUAAAAAACAUCCUGAUAAACUUUUGAAUUCAUUCUUCCAUUAUUGAUUGCAAGUUGUCCAUGCACCCCCCCCCCCACCCUUCUGUCAUUGUUAGCAUGCUAUGUUGUAGUUAAAGCAGACAGUUUUUUCAUCUGUGUGAUUUUGACAAAGAUCAAAUCACAUUUGAUGACUAUUUUAUCCCUAUAUUGCCAAAUGUAUCACAGUUGAUACACCUAAAACUUCACGAUUUUAAGACUAAUUCAGAAUUUUGACAUUUCUUUUUACAAAAUUGAAAAAAAGGUUUCAUUAUUUUCAAUUUUUCAAAUUUUGGGAUUCUCUGAUAAUUGCUUCAUCUUGCUGGCAUUAAAGGGUUAUGCAGAAUUGUGAGAAAUUCCAAAAGGUUGAUACUUUUUCAUACCACUUUAUUUCACUUGACUUUUCCAUUUUUAAUGGAAAACCUGCAGCGAAGUAUACUGAGCUUAUGUUAAGUAAACUGAACUCAAAAUGUUAAGUCAAUGUUUAUAAUAAGCCAAUCUAAGCGAGAUUCAAACCUGGGUCAUUUUAAAGAUUGUGCAAUGCUGAGAUAACUGAGCUAAACAGCCUGGCCACCUUUGGUACCACGCACUUUUUUGAAGGCAUCGGCAGUGAAGCUAGGGCUAAGUGCAAGAAGUUUUUGCACAACAUAAACAUUUUAAAUUAGCCCAAAUUAACAUUUCAAGUUAACACAUUUCAAGUCGUUCUAACUCAGACAUUUAAGUUUUUCCCCAAAAAACUAAUUCCAGUUAAAACAUUUUAUCAAGUUGUUAACUUGUGAGUUACAAAUUAAAAAACUCCCCAAAAAACAAGUUACUGAAGGAAAAAUGAAAAUUUGAGUUGUGCCUACUUAAAAUCUUAAAUUUGCAUUACUUAUCGGAGGUUUUAUUUUGCACAGUGUACAUCAGGGGUGUCCAAACUUUUUGCAAAGGGGGCCAGAUUUGCCGUGGUAAAAAUGUGGGGGGCCAUUCUUGGCUGGCGUCCUUUACGUAGAACAAUAUAUUUAAGCAAAAUUUAGCAAGCCAUUCAGUGUGUCACAUUUGCUUUAUUAUUUUUUUAAUGAAUAAUUUCAACAAUGUCGCAGCUAGCCUUUGCGGCGUUCUCUUUCGACUCUCGGGCUCUUGCGAAAUUCUACAGCUGUGAAAUUAAACUAGCUUCAAGUUGCUUCAAUUUCUCGCUGCUUGUCUUCCCUGUAAUCUGUCGUACAUGUCAGCGUGUCUUGUUCGGUAUUAUCGCCUCACAUUGAAAUCUUUAAAAACAGCGACUGUCUCUUUGCAAAUGAGGCAAGACACAGUUGUUGCGUAUUUUAGUGAAGAAAUAGUCUAAUUUCCACCUAUCCUUGAAGAGUCGGCCGUCACAGUCAACUUUUUUUUUGUUGUUGAUUGUCGCCAUUUUAGAAAAUUGGAAGUAGAGGGUCACACGGAGUAAUGUUGCUUAGCCCUUAAAUACCUGCAACAUGAAGCAAUUAUUAGAGAAUCCCAAAAUUUGAAAAAUAAGGUCCUAAUGAAACCUUUUUUUUCAAAAUUGUGAAAAGAAAAGUCAAAAUGAAUAUGUGUAAUAAGCGCUCUAAUAUCUAUAACCCAUGCUAAAUCAUGUUUUUUUUUUCUAAUGGAACCUGCAGAUGCAUGUGUUGACUUGCAUCCAUCAUUUUUUUUCCAAAAAGAAAUGUCAAAAUUCUAAAUUAGUCUGAAAAUCAUGAAAUUUUAGGUGUAUCAAAUGUGAUACAUUUGGCAAUAGAGGGUUAAAGUGCUGCUGCCUUUUAGUGGGUAAACGAGGAGCAGCAUUUCGUGUGUAAGCUACUUCAUAUGCCGGUUGCAGUACUGCUGACCAAUUUAUUAAGUCUGUGUGCGGGCCAGAUGUUGUUGAUUUUAUGACAGAGGCUGGGGGCCGGAUGAAAUUUGACCACGGGCCGCAUUUGGCCCCCGGGCCGGACUUUGGACAUGUCUAGUGUACAUUGACCACACAGGAACUAUGUCAUAUUAAUUGUUACUAAUAAUACUAAAACUAAGGAAGCACAUAAGGAACCUUCCAGUGGUGAUUGCUCUAAGACUGCAAGGGGAGCUCAACUAAAAUGUCAAAUAAGUGAUCAAAUGUAUACUAUUGUGUGUACAUGUCAUUGACAAAGUAUGCGCUGCAACGCGCUCAACUUUUGUUGAGAAUUCGCUUCUUAUUCCUGGGUAUGAUACGGCAUGCUUUUCGUUCAUAUGUGAAGCUUCUCAGUCCCUUAAACAGUGUGGACGCUGUGCAUCUUUAGAGUUAAGAAUGCAUUGUUUGACUAUGGUAAAACGAUUCAUUGGCAAAAGUCUGGGUUUAUGCCACCAUGCCACACAUCGGACGCUCUAUUUCUCUGCAUGAUGAUUGGAUGAUCUGUCUUAGGCUGAAUCCCUUUUGGAUUGACAGCGAAAUGAGCGACUCAGUGAUUUUGUCAUAUUAACAUCCAUGGGAGGCAUUUUUCAAUUUUCAUUCCGUUGUUCUGAGUUGAACCGGAGACUUUCAUAAGCGUUAAAAAUGACUAGCCAAAAAUCAAGCUUCUAUUUCUGUUGUAUUUUUUAGGGUCGUUCCGAUCAUGUUUUUUUGCUCCCGAUCCGAUCCCGAUCGUUUUAGUUUGAGUAUCUGCCGAUCCCAAUAUUUCCCGAUCCGAUUGCUUUUUUUUUUUUUUUUUUUUUUGCUCCCAAUUCAAUUUCAAUCAUUCCCGAUAAUUUUUCCCGAUCAUAUACAUUUUGGCAAUGCAUUAAGAAAAAAAUGAAUAAAACUCGGACGAAUAUAUACAUUCAACGUACAGUACAUAAGUACUGUAUUUGUUUGUUAUGACAAUAAAUCCUCAAGAUGGCAUUUACAUUAUUAACAUUCUUUCUGUGAGAGGGAUCCACGGAUAGAAAGACUUGUAAUUCUUAAAGGAUAAAUGUGACUUUGUAUAUUGUGACUAAAGAUUGCCAUCUAGUGUAUUUGUUGAGCUUUCAGUAAAUGAUACUGUAGCCCAGAGGUUGCGCUAGACUUUUUCGUUGUCUGUCAUUUUGACUGACAGGGUCAUAAAAAUCCGGUCAUAAUCUAUUUUUACCCGUCACUUAAAAUUUUAAAAUGAUAAUAAUGACAUAUUCAAUAAUAUUUAGUUUUCAUUCAUUUUUAAUUAAUAUUCUGUCUGAACAAGCUUAACAGAGAAUCCACACCGUGCCAUCACACAUCAAGCAGAUGAAUAUGUAACUUUUUCUCCGCAGUGACAAAAACAGCUGACUGUGGCCCCAGUAGGUAGGCUACAUAUGGAACAAUGAAAUUAACAGUUCACCUGCUGUGGCCUGAACGCAGUCUCACACCUUCCUCCUGGUGCGCAUGGACUUGAAUUGCGUACCCGCUUGUGCAGUCCCUCUUUUUUCACCUCUUUAAUCAACACCAUCGUCGUUUUGGGGCUUUUUGAAUAAACUUCGGACACUCAGUUGCUUUGACAUUUUUCCGAGUAAGGCCAACGACGUCAUGCAUCAAGAGAGACAAUAGCUAAUUAAUAUGCUCACUUGUCACCCUGUGGCCUGGGGUGUGAAUUGCAACCUGUCAAAAUGACAGCUGGACUUCAGUUUUUUUCUGUCACCGUUUUAAAAAAACGGUCAAUGACGGAAAAUAUUCGGUUAACGUGACCCCGGCUGUAGCCAUUUAACUGUUCUGCCCAAAUGCAUGAAUGGAAGUGCAACCAUGACUGUGUAGUGGCACCAAUUGAUAUAUCUUCUCUGCGUUGGGAAAUAACAUAGGGUGUAAAGAAAAAGAUCAACUACAACCCUUCUUCCCCAAAUUGCUUUCCCACGAUAUUUCUAAUUGUUGAGAGAGCGAUUUUAAGGCUUUAGCCGAUUAAAAAAAGGCUCCAAAGACUGCCAAAAUUCACUCUACUCAUUUUACGCUGCCUUUUAGCUCUAUAUAUAGGUAAAUCGGCGCCAUUAUAGAUUGAACGCGACAAUGCGUGAUUGGGUCGUGCAGCGCAUGCAUUAAUUGCGUUAAGUAUUUUAACGUGAUUAAUUAAAAAAAAUUUAAUUACCGCCGUUAACGCGAUAAAUUUGAUAGCCCUACUUUCAGCCAAAACUAAAGACUCUGGAUGAGUGUAAGACAUUUUGUCUGUAACGUUAAAUACAAUUGGAAAACGAUUUAAUUAAAAAAUAUAUAUAUAUUUAAAAAAGGCAUGUCCGAUAUUUUUUUGCUGAUUCUGAUACUUUGAAAAUGACGUGAUCGGACCCGAUUGAUCGGCAUCCCGAUCGAUCAGGACAUCUUUAGUAUUUUUCUAUUGUGGCUACUUGUGUUCGGAGACUUGACUUCUGGCACUCCAGUUACUUCCCCUAAUGAGUACCGGGUGCUGCUGAGCCCCUCCGCCGUCACAAAGCACUCACAGUUGAACACACUUUAAGCUUCCCCUCAUUGAAAGACCAGCAUCCGCCACUGGAACCUUCCUACUGCUCUAACACAUUUAAUGUUGUUUCAUGUAUGAAUUCAUUGGCAAAUUUUGAUGGCGAUGGCCCCUCCCACGCCAAAUGGAUUGGACAGUGAAUUAAUUAAUAUACAGUGCUGGCCAAAAAUUUUGGCACCCCUGCAAUUCUGUCAGAUAAUGUUCAGUUUCUCCCAGAAAAUUAUUGCAAUUACAAAUGCUUUUGUAGUAAUCUCUUCAUUUAUUUUGCUUGCAAUGAAAAAACACAAAAGACUUUUUUUUUUAAUGAAAUCAUUAUCAUUUUACACAAAACUCCAAAAAUGGGCCGGACAAAAGUAUUGGCACCCUCAACCUAAUACUUUGUAGCACAACCUUUCGACAAAAUAACUGCAAACAACCGCUUCUGGAAUCCCACAAUCAAUGAGUUUCAUACAAUUGUCUGCUGGAAUGUUAGACCCUUCUUCUUUUGCCAACUGCUCCAUGUCUCUGAGAUUUGAAGGGGGCCAUUUUCAGAUCUCUCCACAGGUGUUCUAUGGGAUUCAGGUCUGGACUCAUUGCUGGCCACUUUAGAAGUCUCCAUAGCUUUCCCUCAAACCAUUUUCAGAAGUGUGUUUUGGGUCAUUGUCCUGCUGGAAGACCCAUCGCCUCUGAAGGAGACCCAGCUGUCUCACACUGGGACCUACAUUAUGCUGCAACAUGUGUUGGUAGUCUUCAGACUUCAUAAUGCCAUGCACACGGUCAAGCAGUCCAGUGCCAGAGGCAGCAAAGCAACCCCAAAACAUCAGGGAAGCGCCGCCAUGUUUGACUGUGGGGAGCGUGUUCUUUUCUUUGAAGGCCUGGUUUUUCCCUGUAAACUCUAUGUUGAUGCUUUUCUCCCAAAAGCUCUACUUUUGUCUCAUCUGACCAGAGAGCAUUCUUCCAAAACGUUUUUGGCUCUCUCAGGCAGGUUUUGGCAAACUUCAGCCUGGCUUUUUUUUGUCUCUGGGUCAGACGUUAGGGUCUUCCUGGGUAUCCUACCAUGGAGUCCCUUUUCAUUCAGACGCCAGCAGAUAAUACGGGUUGACACUGCUGUACCCUCGGACUGCAGGACGGCUUGAACUUUUUUGGGUGUUAGUCAAGGAUCUUUAUCCACCAUCCGCACAACCUUUUGUUGAAAUGUCUCGUCAGUUUUUCUUUUCCGUCCACAUCUAGGGAGGUUAACCACAGUGCCAUGGGCUUUACAUUUAUUGAUGACACUGCGCACGGUAGACACAGGAAUAUUCAGGUUUUUGGAGAUGGACUUGUAGCCUUGAGAUUGCCCAUGCUUCCUCUCAAUUUUGAUUCUCAAAUCCUUAGACAGUUGUUUGGUCUUUCUUUUUUUCCAUGCUAAAUUUGGUACACACAAGGACACAGGACAGAGGUUGAGUCAACUUUAAUCCAUUUUAACUAUCUGCAACUGUGAUUUAGUUAUUGCCACCACCUGUGAUGUGCCACAGGUAAGUAACAAGUGCUGUUAAUUACACAAAUUAGAGAAGCCUCACAUGAUUUUUUAAAGGGUGCCAAUGCUUUUGUCCGGCUCAUUUUUGGAGUUUUGUGUAAAGUGAUAAUGAUUUUUUUUUAUCUCUCCAUUCUCUUUUGUGUUUUCAUUUAUUUUGCUUGAAAUGAAAAUAUUUAUUUUGUAAUUGCAAUCAUCUUCUGGGAGAAAUUGAGCAUUAUCUUAGAGAAUUGCAGGGGUUCCAAUACUUUUGGCCAGCACUGUAGCUUUACUAAUCACACUUCAACUCAUUUAAAUACAUUUUUUAAAGUAGCAAUGUGACAAUAUUUCCCUAAAACGACUUGAAAUUUUUAGAAUGGACCAUAUACAUGAAUGGACACUCCAACUUUAGUAGAAACCAUGGAUUUUAAAAAUAUAUAUAUUUUUGUAAACUAGUUUAUUUGCCAAAUUAGUUGGAUGUUUCAAAUUGUUUCACUCACCCUAAAAACAACUUAAAUUUUGCAAAUGGAACUUUUAACUAGGGUUGUUCCGAUCAUGUUUUUUUGCUCCCGAUCCGAGCCCGAUCGUUUUAGUUUGAGUAUCUGCCGAUCCCGAUGUUUCCCGACCCGAUUGCUUUUUUUUUUCUGCUCCCGAUUCAAUUCCAAUCAUUCCCGAUCAUUUUUCCCAAUCAUAUAAAUUUUGGCAAUGCAUUAAGAAAAAAAUGAAUAAAACUCGGACGAAUAUAUACAUUCAACAUACAGUACAUAAGUACUUUAUUUAUUAUGACAAUAAAUCCUCAAGAUGGCAUUUACAUUAUUAACAUUCUUUCUGUGAGAGGGAUCCACGGAUAGAAAGACUUGUAAUUCUUAAAGGAUAAAUGUGACUUUGUAUAUUGUGACUAAAUAUUGCCAUCUAGUGUAUUUGUUGAGCUUUCAGUAAAUGAUACUGCAGCCAUUUAACUUCUGCCCAAAUGCAUGAUGGGAAGUGCAACCACGACUGUUCGUAGGGGCACCAAUUGAUAUAUCUUCUCUGCGUUGGGAAAGAACAUGGGGUGUAAAGAAUAUGAUCAACUACUACCUUUCUUCCCCACAUUGCCUCCCAUGUUAUUUUUAAUUGCUGAGAGAGGGAUUGUAAGGCUUUAGCCUCAUAAAAAAUGAUUCCAAAGGCUGCCAAAAUUCUCUCUACUCAUUAUACACUGCCUUUUAGUGCUAUCCAUAGGUAAAACGGUGUCUUUAUAGAUUGAACGCGACAAUGCGUGAGUGGGUCGUGCAGCGCAUGCGUUAAUUAUUUAACGUGAUUAAUUAAAAAAAAAAUAUUACCGCCGUUAACGCAAUAAAUUUUAUAGCCCUACUUUAAGCCAGAACUACUCUGGAUGAGUGUAAGACAUUUUGUCUGUAAUGUUAAAUACAAUUAGAAAACGAUUUAAGUAAAAAAAUAUAUAUAUAUUAAAAAUAAGGCAUGUCCGAUAUUUUUUUGCCAAUUCCGAUACUUUGAAAAUGACGUGAUCGGACAUCGAUCGGGACGUCUUUACUUUUAACUGAAAAGAGCAGUGUGGAUAGUAAAAUAGUGCAUAUACUUUAUUGAUCAGUUCUGUUUUUUCAUUUAUGCAUUUGUUAAAGAGAAGAUAGCAGCUAAUAAUUGCAUGCCUCAAUUGAGCUACACAAAACGGAAAUGAGAACAAUCAAGAGAUGAAAAUGAUGAUGGUCAUGCUUAUUUUAUAUGGCCUCUCUAUAUUGCAGAUUUUCACCAAUUGCCAAUGGUUCAGGAAUGUAUCCCCCGAGAUUAUAUUGCAAUGGAAAAACACAUUUAGCAGGAAACUGUAUUUGCUUGAGUGGGUCACCUAUAAUGUGGCGCAUCCGAUCCAACCUGGUCCCCGGGCCUUUAGUUUGACCCCCGUGUUUUUGACUGGAAAUAGUACCUCUUUGAGGACAUCCUCAGUAGCUUUAACGUUGUGGUUGUUACACUCAAAGCUGAAAUAAGCAUCACAAACACUAGUAGAGCUCUGGUGAGCAUCACUGUUAUUUAUCCUUGCAUCCAAAUAUACACUUUUUAUAAUUAUGUACUGUCAUGCAGUAUUUGCUACUUUCUAUGUUAGCUAAUUUUUUUAAGGACAGGAGCAAGUGGAACUACUAGUAAAGUACAAAUAUGGAAAGAAAAAUGAUCAUUUUUAUCAUGUGUAUGUAUGCCAAAAACCAUUUUGCCUUUGAGUACACUUUAUUUAAUUGUUAUUAUUAGUGUUUUAAUCAAAUAUGUGGUCACCUGGUUAAAAAUCUCUUUGUUAUGGCUGAAUUUGAGUUUUUAAUUUAAUUGAACCGUGGAAUAAAAGUAUGGAUUCCCUUUGUGUUCCAAGUUUGUGCCACGCAUCGACAGUGAUCAUAAUUAAUAGAAACCUAGCCUUCCGCGGGGCUAACGUUACGUGAGCUAGUGACAGUAACGUUAAUCUUAUUUAUUAGCGCUCUUUAUUAGCGCUUAGCGCUCUACUGCUUUAAGAUGGUGGCUGUUUGCUAACGCUGCCCAGACGCGGCAGAGUCUGUCAUUUCACAUCUAGUUUAACAUACAUGUAAUCUCUAUGAGACUCAUCAGACGCUACCUGCUACCAACGUAGCAUCGUGCGGGCUAGUAUUUAGCAAUGUCGGCGUUGUUUGUAGCGGCUGUCAGCUGCAGUACGUUUUUUUUUUUUUGCUUAGUCCUCUACGAUUCAGCGCGUUGUCCCGCAUUAAAGGUGGUCUGAGCAAAACGUGAUGCUUAGAGCUGUGAAAAUAAACGAGGUGAAUAAAAUUACGCGGAUCAGUUUUUAAACUCGAGUUACUCGAGUUGCUCGAGUAUUCGUUUCAGCUCUAAUAUAUAUUUUUACAAGGAUCGUGCGUAACAUUUCAAAACUGUCAAAAACAGCGUUUCCCGUUUGAAUUAACCCUAAAAUACCUGCAACAUGAAGCAAUUAUCAGA